GACUCCACUGAACUGGUCUCCGGCAACUGCAUACACCGCCCUCCCCCAGUCUGCGGCCAGCAGAGCCCCUCUACACCCCUCAAACUCCAGACUCUCCACUUCGAUUUACUUUUGUCUUCUACCCCACCUCAAUAAUUCGCUCUAAAUCAACCCCUGUCCCCUAAGUUUCUGAGUUUCUCUCUUCACAUCAUCCUGGAUUCCAUCCUCAGGACUGUCCAAGCUGCUCUGCUCUUCGUUCCAAUCCCGGCCCAGGCCCAGCAGCCUUUAGAUCAUGCCUGGAGCCAAGCUUGCCCAGGGUCCAGAGGAAGGGGGCAUGUGCAUUACUGAAGCCCUUAUCACGAAACGUAACUUAACCUUCCCUGAGGAUGAGGAUCUGUCAGAGAAGAUGUUUCACACACUCGCUGAACUACAGACUGUCCGCCUGGACCGGGAGGGGAUUACCACUAUCAGGAACCUAGAAGGCCUCCAGAAUCUUCAUAGCCUCUAUCUGCAAGCGAAUAAGAUCCAGCGAAUUGAAAACCUGGCCUGCAUCCCCUCCUUGCGCUUCCUGUCUCUGGCAGGAAACCAAAUCAGGCAGGUGGAAAACCUCCGUGACCUGCUACACCUCCAGUUUCUGGACCUUUCUAAGAACCUGAUAGAACAACUCAAGCUGGAUGAGUUCCCCCAGAGCCUUCUCAUCCUCAACCUGGCUGGAAACUGCUGCACCAACCAGGAUGGCUACAGGAAGCUGGUGACAAGAGCCCUGCCACUGCUCCUGGACCUGGAUGGACAGCCUGUGUCGGAGCGCUGGACCUCGGACGAGGAGGAUGAAGCCUCGGAUGAGGAGUUCCCGGAGCUGAGUGGCCCAUUCUGCUCAGAGCGAGGCUUCCUCAAGGAGCUAGAGCAGGACAUGAGCAGGCACAAGGAACAGAGGCAGCAGGCAGCCCUGACGGAGCACCUCCUGAGGAUGGAGACACAGCCUGUCCUCACUGAGCUCCCCCUGCUGCCCGGGAGGUCCAUGGCUGGGGACAACAGCCCUAUAGUCACUCCCAGGCAGAGGAAGGAGACAUCCCAUGAGCCCACCUCCUUGCCACAAGCCUCCUGUGCCACCAAGAAACUAUGCCAUCUGGUUUCUAGUGGGCCCCAAAGCACUGUCCAGGCAAGGAAGGGGGCCAGAGCAGCUGUAGCCCCCAAGGCCUCUCUGGCUGGGGCCCCCAGCACAACCAAAACUAUGACCAGAAGAAUCAAGAAAUGAAGUGCAGCCACAGGAACAAACACGGGGCAAGAACAAGGAGCGGAGUGGGCCUUGCCGCCUCCUCAGAGCCCUCACCUGUGGCAGGAGCCUGUCCCAAUAAAGUGUCUCCAGGCCCUGAAGAUGUCUUUCACCUCAC